UCUCUCUCUCUCUCUCUCCAAAAAAGGCAGCCCCUACUAGAGUACUAGUGUACCACCAAUUCCAAAAUCAUCGCUUGGUUUUUUUCUUCCCCACUCUGAAUUUAUAAGACAAAAGCAAAGUGAUGCCAAAAUAAUGAAGAAAGAAAGUGUCAUUCCUCAAAUUAACAUGACAUAGAUACAUAGUAGGAGCAAAACACAAAAACAAAGGGAAAGAGAGAGUGGGGGAAUAAUGGGAAAUUACAGGUUCAAAUUAUCAGACAUGAUCCCAAAUGCUUGGUUCUACAAGCUUAGAGACAUGAACAAAUCAUCAUCAUCAUCAUCAUCAAGAAAGCAAAAAUCACAAACUCCUCCUCUUCCUCCUCCUCCAUCCAACAAGAAAACCCAACCUUCUUCAACAACCUCGAAUUCAACAAAACCAAAGCAGCAAUUCAACAACACCACCACUCCAAGAAAGUCCUAUUACUUUACAAGACAACACACCACUUCCCCUCAGCAACAACCAAGAAAAUCAUCAUCAAAACAGAGACCAACAAUAAAGACUAGUAGAAGAACAACUACUCCAAGACUUUCUUCUUCUUCUUCUUCUUCUUCUAAGUUUCUUGUUAUCAAUGUGACGCCUACGAUUAACACUACUACCUCCGAUGGUGAAUCAGAGUUCCAAGCAGAGCCAGAAUUCAGAACAGACCGUGUUCUUCACACCGACUCUAAUUCUAAUUCCUCCUCGCUUGAUGACAUCAUCAUUGAUGUCGACAACAACUCCAUUUCCACAACAAAAUCUGACAUUAACAACAACAACAACAAACAUCUUCCUCUUCCUCCAAUUCUCACCAAACCAAAGAACCAACAAGAAUCUAGAAACAAGAACAAGAACGCCACCACCCCGUGUUCUAGAAGAUUCUCCGUUAGCUCAGCCGCAGGGGCCAGGAGGCUUAGGAUCAAUUCUCCCAGAGCUUCCGGAGCAAGUUUCCGGAAACUCCAUCAUCAGGCGGACGCGUCAGGCGGCCAAAGAAGCACUACUUCUUCGGCGGUUACUGCCGCGUCCGCCGGACGAGGGAGGAGUGUUUCGGGAAGCUUUGCGAUAGUGAAAUCAUCGUUGAAUCCGCAGAGAGAUUUCAGAGAAUCAAUGGUGGAGAUGAUUGUGCAGAACAACAUAAGGAGUUCGAAGGAUUUGGAGGAUCUUCUUGCUUGUUACCUAACUCUGAAUUCAGAUGAGUAUCAUGGCUUAAUCAUCAACGUCUUCAAGCAAAUUUGGUUUGAUUUAACUGAUAAUAACAAUAUCAAUUACAUGUACCAACGACAAGAAUAACAAUAUUUUAUCUUUUAUAGAUUAAUUCCAAAAUCAAAAUUUUCUCAUGUGUUUAAUUUCUUUACUUUCAUAAUACAAUUUUAUUGAGGUCUAGAUAUAUAAUAUUGGUUAAUUGAGUUAAUUAAAUGGACAUUAAUUUAGUCCUAGCUCAUUAUUUGAGCGGAUAAAUAUACUUGAAUUAUCAUACAGCACGGUUAAAGUUAAUGGAACACCGAGAGAGUGUUUAAUUUGUGUUUUUAUUUUUAGUAUUUUUUUAAGAAAAAAAUAAAAAUAAGAUAAAAAUAGAAACAAAAUUUUAUUGUUUUUAUUUUUUUUUCAUAAAAUUCAUAAAAAAAUACAAACUAAAUACACCCUAAUAAUAUUUAGAAGUUUUCAUAUAGCAUGGUAUGUAGGAGUGUUUAUGAGCCCUGUAAAAUGGGUUUGUUUUAACUCAAAUUCGACCUUAAAUUACACAUGGAUUGGAUGAAGUCGAGUUCGUCUUGACUCAGAUCCGACCCAAAAUAAUGAUAAAAUUUAUUUUUAAAAUCUUUAUCUAAUUUUAAAUUUGAUAAAAUCAUACUAAAUUAAUUCCUAAAAUAUUCAGGGUCGAGCCGAACUUUCGGGUCAGGUCGAGCUAUGUGCACCCUAAUGAUAUGUCUGAUGGUGGUGAAUGGUGAUAAUGAAAACGGCUAAGGAGGAGUAAAAAUGAGAAGAAAGCGAAGCUGGUGAUAGCGUUACUCUAUGAACAAAAAUGAAAGGAAGUUGACUGUUGGUCAAUUAUAUUAAAUGAAUAUGAUUACUUGAGGAUUAAAUUAGGUUUA